AUGAUGCCGCUUUUAAACUCGCGGCCCCCGUUGUCGCCAGGGGUGAGUAGUCCCCGGCAGCCUGGGCGGCGGCGGGGCGGGGCGGGCGCGCUCGUCCUUCGGCUCUGCGGGGCUCCGGCCGCCUCGGGCCCGGCAGCGGGAGAGGCGUCCCCGCUCUGCGGGCACCCGCACCCCCGGCGCUCCGUGCCCGAGCGCGGCGGGGCGCGGGGGCUGCGGGCGGCUCCCUCAGCUGCCCCGGUGCCCGCUCCGUGCGGCCGCUGCCGGCGGGAGCUCCGGAGCAGAGCGAGCCGGGCGGGUCUCGGCCGGGGCUGUCAGCGGCAGCCUCUGGUUCGGCCCUCGCAGGAUUGUGCGCUGGCUAAGGGUCUGCGGGAUGAGCCAUGGGGCCGUGGGAAAGCAGCCCGGGCCAGGAGCGGCUGCAGCAGAUGCGUGCUGUUUCCAUUCUCGCCGGCUCCGGUGUGCGGCAGCUUUGGAAGGCGAGGCACUAAACGGAGAGCAGAAGGCAGCGGUUGCCUGUCUUUAUUCCUGCUCAAAGAGCCGGCGGUUGCCAAUUCAUCUGGGGCGUUUACGCCUCUGGAGUUCUGUAAUGAAUCCUUCAUGUCUCCGACUGUAACUGUUUCAGGACAAGACAAUGUACCAAGGCCCCUGUCUUUACCACUUUUCUUUUUUUUUCUUUUUGUUAAGUCUUCCCCAGUAAUAAAAAUAUGCACUUUUUUCCUCUCUUUUCAGAUAAAUGCUGUUAAACUGUUAGCAGAACAGUGGGAAAAUUGGCUGAUUCAGUGGAAAGCUUUAAAUGCAGUUGCAAAAGCAGCUUUGCUCUCUGCUUUCAAGGCCACGGGCAUUCAAGCAGCACCUGCCUUUGGAAUGGGAGGACAGCAAACCUCAGGCUUUGGGCUGUCAAGCUUUCCUGUGAGCAGCAGCAGCAGCAGUACCAGUGCCAGCAGCUUCUCCUUUAAAGCCAGUUCCAGCCUCAUCAGUUCAGCAUCAUCUGGGAGCAGCCCUGCUGCUGGGAGCUCUUCUGCUGCUGCAAACCCUCCUGCAUUUGGGACAGCAUCCUCUCCUAGCACACCCCAAUCCGUCGGCUUUGGCAGCCCGGCCGCUGCAUCCGCAGCCUCCUUCUCCUUUAAAGCAGCUGCCACGGCUGGUGCCUUUGGGACUUCUGGCUUCUCAGGCUUUGGCAGUGCUUCUGCUGGCAGCUCUGCAAACACCACUGCAGCAGCCUUUGGAGCCUUUGGUGCCACGGUAGCCCCUUCUGGCUCGCCCUCGAGCGGUGCUUUAUUUGGGCAGAGCGGCAGUGCCUCUGCACAUCCUGUCACCUCGGUGUCUGCUGCAGCCACCAACUCCAGCCCUGCCUCAGACAAGUUAUUCACUCCCAAGAGCGAACUGUCAGCUGAAGAGUGGCAACAGUUUGAAGCAAAGGAGUUCACAAUUGGAAAGAUUCCUCUGAAGCCACCACCAUUAGAACUUUUAAAUGCUUUCGACCUUUUAAGUUUAUUCUGAAAUGUUGUUAAUGUUUAUUUCCUUUCUCAAAUCUCUUCUGCAGAAACAAAUGCACAAGUAGAAACUUUUGAACCUUAUUUUGGGAUGGACUUCUCACAUCUGAAAGAUGAACUGUUGAAACUAAAAUAGAGCAUUUCCUUCCAUAUGCUGUCCUGUGAAAUUCUGUACAAAGACUGUGUGAAAAAUAUGGUGUCAAAAGAAAGACUGUUUCAGUUAGAUAUUUAAAACCUACUCUUGUAUCAAUGUAUUCUCUCCAAAUGUACAGUCCGUGGGAUGUAGGACUGGCCACAAAUGCUUUUUUCCCCAUUGCCCCAAGAAUUGGUAUUGUAAAUUUUUUGGUGAGCCCUUACUGAUAGUUAUUACUGAAU